GUGUGCUGCUCCUCUCCGCAGUCAAACACUGCAGUUUACUUUCCCAACUUUAUUUCACUUUAUGGAAUAGUUAGGAAAUAUUCUAGAAGUCUUUCCUCAGAGGUUGGGAUUUGUUUGGGAUAAAACUGGAUCUGCUCAGCAGCUAUUCCUGCUGAAACUGUUCUGGAAAGGUCCGAGCAGACGGAUGGGUUCCUGGUGACCACGCAGCGAUGUCCCUGCUCCAGGAGUGAUGGGUCAGGUCUAGGAGUGAUGGGUCAGGUCCAGGAGUGAUGGGUCAGGUCUAGGAGUGAUGGGUCAGGUCUAGGAGUGAUGGGUCAGGUCCAGGAGUGAUGGGUCAGGUCCAGGAGUGAUGGGUCAGGUCUAGGAGUGAUGGGUCAGGUCUAGGAGUGAUGGGUCAGGUCUAGGAGUGAUGGGUCAGGUCCAGGAGUGAUGGGUCAGGUCCAGGCCACCACAGACACAGAAGUGACUCUGCAGAACAUUCAGGAACUGUACCGGAAAUUCACCGAUGAAUGUCCGAGUGGAAACCUGCACCUGCAUGAAUUCAAGAAAAUCUUUGGCGUCAGCAGCAAAUCACCGGAGGAGGAGGUGGCUUUUAUUGAACUUGUCUUUAAAUCCUUUGAUACCAAUAAGGACGGUAAGUUGGACUUCAUGGAGUACGUUGCAGCCGUGAACCUCGUUCUUCGUGGAAAACUCAUCGACAAACUGAAGUGGUCUUUUAAAAUUUACGACAAUGAUGGGAACGGCUGCCUGACCAAUCAGGAAGUGAGGAGUGUCAUCAAAAUCAUCACCAAAAUUAAAUGGCAUAAUGAUUCGAAUGCAGAAACUGUGGACUUCAUCUGCGACAGGAUAUUUGAGCUGACGGACAAAAACAAAGACAGUCAGAUAUCUUUGGAGGAGUUUAUUGAGGGAGCAGAAAAGGAUCCGUGGCUCAUGGAGCAGCUCAGACUGGACUUAGCGCCUAAAAACUGGUUCAUUAAAAACCAGGAGAAGAAGAACUGAGUCCUCCAGACUGUGGGAAUAUUCAGCCUUACCACAAUAGGAGCAUUUCUGCAACACUGGGUUCGACCUCAACGGCCAGCCUUAAUGUUCAGGUUCUGUUUUUCUGGGAAAAGGUUUUUCCCAUUUUCCUUCAAAUUAAUCCAUAUUAGCAUGUCUGCAGGUUGGAGUAUCCUGACAGAGGAUCUUCAGAUCUUUGAGCAUCAGCUCUGCAGAGCUGGCCAAACGUUUUGGAUCGACCCAUUUUCAUUUUCCAAGCAGAAGUCUUUCUCGCUCGGUCUGGUUUAAAGCUGUUUGAACUUUUGCUUCAACUUUUGGAAAUUUCCAAGUUUGGACUAAUCUAACAAUUUGCCUGUAACUGAUAACUACAGGCUUAUAAACGCCUUUUUACACUGUUGUGACCCCAUAUUUUAAAAAGUAAAAACAUUCUUCCUCCAUUGUGGGAGGUUGAUGUUUCUAUUUUACAACUUUCUGAACCACAUUUGUCUCUUUUGCUGAACAUUUGCUGUCAGAAGAUCCAUAUGAACGCCUACCACCAGGAAUCUGUAGAAACCCAAACUACAAGCCCUUAGCUUUGGCAGCUCAACUUUAUAUUAUUUAAGGAUAUUUUGAUUUUAUUCACUUUCAGAUGCACACAUAUUUUUCUGCAAACAGAUAAAUCGACAUAAAAAAUCUGAAAUAUGAUAAAAUGUACUUUCUGAAGUCAGUGACCAAACAGGACUCUGAAAACAUGUAGAUUUUUAUUCUGAAAAGAUGAUUAUUCUCUCAUUUGUUGAAAGUUAAAUGGAAAUAUGUCUAGAAAAUAACUGUAGAUAUGCUUUAGAUGGGUUUCACCCUGUGCCUGUUUUAAACAAAUGAUCAUGUUUUUUACCUGAAAUGAUGCAAAGCUUCAUUCAGAAAAAUCUACGAUAAAACUGGGGAGAGGAUGAAUAGUUUGUGUCAUUUUUAGCAUCUCAAACUCUUCACUAGACUCCACUUUCACUGAAAA